CAGAUAACACUCUUCAAAGAACACAUGUUAUCUUCCUUACCACAAUGAUGACUAUAAAUGACAUCCAUCAAGCCCAACAGGAUUAGUUAGUGCAGACAAGCCAAGACAUCAAGAUGUGGUUGGAUUUGUAUUUGGGAAUGGCAGUUUUUCUCAGUGUAGAGUGCAAACCAUUGAACAAGGGGACACACAACAAGUUGCUAGUGAUCUCCUUUGAUGGUUUCCGAUGGGACUAUGAUCAAGACGUAGACACCCCUCACAUGGACAAGUUAGUGGUAGAUGGAGUGAAGGCAAAGUACAUCACCCCUCCGGCUAUCACCAUGACGUCUCCAUCUCACUUUACCACCAUAACUGGGAGAUGGAUAGAGGAUCAUGGAGUUGUCCACAAUAUGAUGUUUAAUUCCACAACUCAUCAGAAAGUCGUCCAUAAAGCUACCUUGAAGAGGUCUGAGUGGUGGGACAAUGGAGCCUUACCGUUGUGGAUUACAGCACAGAACCAGGGCCUGAAAACGGGUUCCUUUUUCUUUCCAGGAGGAGCCGCCAACUACAGUGGUCAAAGUGUAAACCGGGCGGUGGUUGAGGAAACAGGUCAACAAGAUGAUAACGAAACAGAGUGGCAACAGAAUAUUGACACUGUGUUGAGCUGGUUCACCGAAGAAGAUUUUGACUUUGUGACUCUGUACUAUGGAGAGCCUGACAACGUGGGUCAUGCCAAAGGACCAGACCAUCCUGACAGGAAAACCAUAAUAAAGCAGAUUGACCGCACCAUCGGAUACCUGAGGGAGGCCAUCCAGCGAGAUGGUUUGACAGAUAACCUGAACAUCAUCAUCACCUCUGACCAUGGCAUGACCACCGUCAAAAAAAGACCUCUUGUAGAUGAGAUAAUCCUCUCUAAAUACCUGAAUUUCUUCAACUUGGUUUAUUUUGAGCUCCUUGACUACGGCGGGUUUGGAAUGAUCACGCCGAAGAAAGGAAAGGAACAGCAGGUUUAUGAUGCUCUCAUGAAGGCCCCAAACCUCACAGUCUACAAGAAGGAAGAUAUGCCAGAGAACUUUCAUUUGUCCAAGAAUGACAGAAUGCAGCCUAUUAUUGUCAUUGCUGAUCUAGGUUUCAACUUAAACUCGCGGUUCAUCGUCUACGUAAACAAAGGAGAUCAUGGAUUCCACAUGGACGAAAUGGACAUGAAGACCAUCUUCCGUGCUUUUGGACCAGAUUUCAAAAAGAGUUAUCUGUCCGAGCCCUUUGACAGUGUCCACAUCUACCCUCUAAUGUGCAAGCUGCUGCAGAUAGAUCCAGCCCCUAACAAUGGUUCCCUAUCUGUCACUGAGGGCAUGCUGGUGCAGAACGGUGGGAGAAGAAAUCAGAUGUCCCUUGGUGUUUUGGCAUCGAUAUUUGUCUACAUUUUAUUUGUCAUGUAGUUAUUUAUGAUGUUGGUUAUUUUCCGUAAUGUUCGUUAACUGAAAACAAUUGCAUAGUUGAAUCAAUCAUAACCAAAACUCCAACAAAUGUUUUUAAGGAGGAUCACAUUCACUAUGAUGUUCAUCAACAAUAUCCAUCUGAUUGUAUUAUACACUCAGUUUCUAGGUUAUUAAGUACACCUAUCUAGUACCGGGUCGGGACCCCCUUUGCGUCAGAAAAGCCUGAAUUCUUCAGGGCAUGGAAACGUUGCUCAAUUGGUAUCAAGGGAAAACAAUCCCCACACCAUUACACCAACA